GAGUUGAAGGACAAGUUCGAGCCGCGGGAGGAGGCCAAACGGUUGUCCAUGGCAGAUCGGGUGGAUCGUCUUGACCGUCUUCGCAAAUCCUUGCCGGGCAUGACCAUCGAUACCUGGUUGGAGCCAUCCCAUGCCCUGGUCGACAAAGCAGUUUCGUUUGCGGAAGAACAGUGCCUGGGCCCUUUGGAGCUGUCCAAGUGUACUUCUCGUGAGGCGGAGAUGCGCUCGGAAAAGCGUGACCCUGUUACAUUCAAGCUUGAGCAGCUGAACAUCAAGGUUACCAAGAACCAUGCAGCGGUCACGGCGGACACCAGCACAGACUUGCAUGUGCGGACGUGCAUGCAGCGCCGUGCCCUUGCUUUUCACAUGGCCGGCAUCGCGACUUUCACAGUCUUGGACAAGGUCAUCUCGCGCUUCUUCGGCCAUAUGAUGCGACCAGUGUACCCGGGGCAGCAUCCCGUUGCCCUGCGGCAGGUGGUGGAUGCCGACAAAACAUUAUGGGUCUUGGUGUCUCAGGAAACAAGGGGCAAAGCGCUGACUUCCGGCAGCCCGCUGCCGAUUGAUGCAGCGGUGGAUUCACUCAAGGAUGCUCCUGAGGUUUCCUUCGCCUUGAUGCCGCGAGCUCAUGGCUCUGGCCACGUCCCGCCGCCCCCCAAGUUGACGGCUGAUACGGAGGCCCCGGAUGCACUUACUCGUGCCAAGCGUCGGCGCCUGGCAAAGGCGGCAAAGAUGAAGGCGGCCAAGGAUGCGGCCAAGGAUGCGGCCGCCUCAUCUACGGCCACUGGCGGCAAGGGCGCAGGCAAGGGCAUUGACAUUCCGCCUGGCGCUAAGACCAGGGAUGAACAGGGCCGACCGAUUUGCUUCCGUUACAACCGCAAGGCCUGUGAUCAGUCGAAGGAGAAGUGCUCGCGUGGCUACCACGUUUGCUGGUUCUGCUUGAAGCCCCAUGCGGGUGCAGACCAUAAGGAGUGA